AUUUCUCUCUUUUCAAACGGAAAGGGAAUAGGUAUAUGUAGAUAUUAACUGAUGAAAAACAAUGAUUUUUGAUUUUUGAUCUACGACUUUGAUCAGUUACUUGCACGAUUUAAAGAUAAACAUAAGUAAACAUGGAAAAUAUCAAUAGAUGUCGCAGGUGUUACAACUUUUGAAGUAUGAAAAAUCCUGAUAUGUAUCAAUUCAUGAUACACUGUGAAGAAUGAGCAUACUACUAUCUCACUAAUCAUAAAAAUGUACAAACAUUUCUAGAAAUUUUUCUGUAUAUGUACACAAUCGAUCACAAAAAGAUUCGGACAUUGUACAAUUUCAAUUUCUAAGCUCUAUAUUUUCAGUAAAUGUACAAGGACCAACAAAAAUGUGUUACAUUACGUAUCACUAUACUAUACAUGUAUAGAUAAGUAGAAAAAUAAGUAGUAGAAAAAUCUUUUGAGUUAUUAUUUAUUGUUGUCUAAAUAUUUUCUCUGGUGAGUGCUCGAAUACUUUGUGAUCCAUUGUACUUGCUACUGAUUUAAAGGAUGCCUAACUACAAAAUAAGGUAUUUAGGAUUAAAAAAUGCAGCCUGAUCGCUUUCUCUUUUUUUGCAAAAUGAUAUUUAGGUAAAUUCAUUACUGAGCAAUAUUUAGGCAUGUAUAAGGAGGAAUUGCUACAGUUUACUUUUGUAAACGGGAGAUGCUUGGCAAAUCUUCGCUGAUAAGCUUAUUUUUUAAAAUACAAUCGUGAAACUCGUUCGUCCGGUUCAAGAGAUCUUCAGUAAAAGACAGUCCGCGACUCUCGACUUUCUGAACAUCAGAGCUUCGCUACAAAAUCUCAACAGGCUUUUACUAUGAAAUGAUAAACCAUAUUACGCAUAUACGUAUAUAAUUAUAAAAUUAAUAUAAUACAAUAUAAUAUAAAAUUAUAUAAUCUCCAUCGUAAUAAUAGAUUUCUGUAAACGGGGAUUAUACAUUAACAAGUUGACUCUCCAUUUAUCUGCCUGCAACAAUUUUAGUGAAAUCGUUCGAGUGAAAGUAGAACGUCUCUAUAUGCAGAAGAAACCGUUAUUUGCACACGAGAAAAGUUGGAAAUAUUGCGUCAUAUCGAAUGGUGAAAAAGAAGGUCAUAAUGGUUGCAACUUGAAAGAAAGUAUCGUGAGCCGAGCAUUUGGUUCAACGCAUAUUUCUUUCCAAAUUUCAUUGAUACCUAUCAUUUGACGUAUUUAACACAUUCUACUGUUCUAAGGUGAACGAAGAAUUGUUAAAGUAAUUCGCUUUGCUAUCAAAACGUACCAACCACAAGUAAAGCGACGAUUAUGAAUAGCAAUAUGUAGUUUGAUCCUCCAUUUAAUUCUUAUUUAAUAAAUAAUAAUUCAUACAACAACAGGUAUAAAUUCAGUGAAAUAGGAAAUAAACUGGUUGUCGCGUGCUCGCUAGCGGAAAAUCGAUUGCGCAAAAAGAUUUUGCUGUAAUAGUAAGGUGGAAAAAAUUCAUCCAAGCAUUUGUACUGCGCUUUAGUUUUCCAUCGUAGGUAGAAUAGAGAAGAUUAAAUAGAAAAUCGCGUUAGUAACUUAAGAGAAGAAGGGGAGUGACAAACAAACAUAGGAGGAAGAGGAAAAGGAAAAUAGCUAAUAGCCUCCAUCGGAUACGACCAAGAUUCGAAGAGAACAAAUGAAAGAUGCAACUCGCGUUAGUGAUACGCUUCAUCUUUUCAAUGUUUCUUGUUCUUUGGAUCGUCGAAGUUAAUCGUGCUGCAAGAUUCCUUGGAAGGAGUCGAGCGAUGGUGCGGCGAGUAAGAGUUGGUCUUGAACAUUUGAAAGGGAAAAUUUGCUUUGAAUCAGUUGGCUGCUUUGCGGAUCCACCGCCCCAUUUAACGUUGAAAAGGCCGCCGGAGCAUCCUAGCAUAAUUCAAACGAGAUUUUUAUUGUACACUCGCUCGAGACGAGAAUCCCCUAAAAGCCUUCAAUAUGGUGAUGAUUUGAAAUCCAUUCUUCAAUCAGAAUUUGAUUCGGCGAAAUCUCUGAAAGUUAUAAUUCACGGCUAUAAAGGAAGCGGUAGCGAUACUGGCGCAGUUCUUUUGGUACAGGCUCUUCUGGACUUGGAAGACACAAACGUCUUAGUGCUUGAUUGGACAAGAGGAGCAGCAACGACCUAUUCGGCAGCAGUGGCGAACACGGAACUUGUAGGACGGCAGUUAGGUCUAGCCCUUUUAGACGCUGUUAAUUUGGGUACUCUUGCUGAAAACAUUCACGUGAUUGGCUUUAGUCUCGGAGCUCAUGUGGCUGGCUGUGCGUCAGAGAUCCUCAAGAAGAACAGUAUUCUUCUAGGUCGUAUAACAGGCCUAGAUCCUGCGUCACCCUUUUUCAGAAAUCAUCUGGUUAGGGAGAAGUCCAGGAAAUUAGACGCUACCGAUGCUCGGUUAGUAGAUGUGAUUCAUACGGAUGGAUCCCAGGACUUUGCAGAUGGAUUUGGUCUUUUAAAGCCACUUGGUCACAUCGAUUUCUUUCCGAACGGCGGUAGAGAGCAGUCAGGUUGCAAGGAUGUGAAGAAUUCUGUUGUUGUUAGCCAUUUGAAAGAGGAUAUGUUAACGAAAGAGAUCGCUUGUAGUCAUUUAAGAGCUUGGGCAUAUUUUUUGGAAAGCAUACGUACAACGAAUGAAUCUUGUAAAUUUAUUGCUUGGCCUUGUCCCCAAGGAACGAUCUCGUAUACGAAUGGAAUGUGUUUCCCUAUGGAAUCUACGCUAUGGUCCCAAGAAAUGGGCUACCGAGCUAAUCACGGUCCUUUAGGAAUUUAUUAUUUGCCCACGAGAGAUAAAGAACCAUUUUGUGGCCAUCCUUUGAGAGCAUCGGUGACAAUUUCAGAAACGAUGACAAAGACAUUAGGAAUGUUAUUUUUAAAGAUUGUGGAACGUGAUUCAACAAUAAAUUUCAAGUUUCGAUGCACGAUACCUACUCGAAGAAAUAAAUCGACGACAUUCUACGAUAUUGGUGCAGCAGAAUUUCAAUUUUUGUCGAAAAACCGAUCAACGAUAGAAGCACAUAUUUGGUACCAAACAGAUAAAGAUGAAAAAAACGAAGAUGCGACUAUAAUUUCUAACUCGAAUAUGUUGUUAAUAGACGCUCUUACUCUUGAGGAUAGAAAAGGCAACAAAUGGAAAUAUUGUACUCGAAAUACUGCCCUAAAUUUCGAAGAAAAUUUGAUAAUACUUCGUCAAGAUCAGUGCGCCUUUUUAUAAGAAUAAACUCAUUUAUGUAGAAAAGACAAGUUGUUUUAAUAAAAUAUUUAUUAUAUGCAAAAUACUAAAGAAAAUAAAAAAAGGUGCGGAUAAAAAAAUUCUUGUUAAUUCAGCAAUUUUCUAAUAAUAAAUUUUAUCAUCAAUUUCUAUAAUGUA